AGGCCAAAAUGGACUAUCUCACUUUCCUUGCUUGGGUAAUCAUCGCUGCCUUUUUCUAUCUCUUGACACUUCUUGCUCUAAAAUUCAAGACCAUUCGUCUCCUGAUCCUUCUUCUUGCCUUCCUUCCCAUUGCAAUCAUGCUUGCUUUUUUCAUCUUCCGCAUCCCACAACUUAUCAACGAAACUCACAAAACUCAAUUCUUUGAUACGUGGAAGAUUGGUGGACAUCGAGGAAGUGCUCAUGACAACAUUCCGGAAAACAGUCUGGAAGCAUUUAGUGCAGUGAAAAGUGAAGGAGGACAACUGGCUGAAAUGGAUAUCCAAAUUACCAUGGAUGGCGUUCCAGUCAUUUGUCAUGACAGUAACACAGUCCGCGUAACCGGAGUUGACAAAGAAAUUUCUGCAAUGAAUAUAACUGAAUUCCGUAAACUCCGAUUCAUUGGCACAAAUGUUUCCCUUCCAACUUUCGAAGAAGCCGUUGCUCACUGUGUUGCCAACAACAUCAUGAUGAUUUGGGAUGUGAAGAAUGUUGAUGAAAACUUGCUCAAACAGUUUGUCAUUCAAAUCAGAACUUACAACCUUUACUCCAAGGUUCUUGUGUCUGGAUUCAAUCCGAUUGACACAUAUCUUGUGAAAAUGGCGGAUCCAAAGAUUUUGACAGGGUUCACAUGGAGAAGUUGGGAGUUGAGUACAACUGAUGAAGCAGCGACGACUCCACGAUUCACUGGAACCCUUCACGCUGUCGCUAGUGUCCUUGACGUUCUCGCAUUUGGUUUGGCUCGUUCGUUGAUAAUUCCGAAAUUCCUCGGAUCCGAUGUGAUUUUCUAUCACGUUAGCGAUAUCAGCAGGUUCCUAAAAACCGAUGCAGCAGCCAACAACAUUUACCUUGCCGGAUGGACCAGUAACAAUCAAUACGAACAAGUUUGGCUUCGUGAUUAUCUUAAAGUUCCGUUCCUUACCGACAAUGUUGGCACCGUUCCACACUAAUACGGGAAAACAACGCAUCAGUAUCAGUUUUUUGAAAGAAUAAACACGGUUACAGCUUAAUUGUUUAAUUUUAAUGCAUUUCGAACUGAAAAAAUGUUUGUUU